GUUGUGUUCACCGUUCAUCCAACUGGCUUCAAGGAUUUCCUUAGUGGCCUUCGCCAAAGUGCGACCCAAGUUUCUCUGCACAAAGAACAGCGAUCAGUCAAAGAAAUCAAGCGGUCGCAAUCCCAUUUGAACAACAAAGAUGCCUACCUUUAAGUUCAAACUCCGCCGCUCUAAGGACAAAGGCAAAGAAGUGAAGAGCGAGUCCGUGUCGGAAGCAGACGACAGUCUUGGAAGUACGUCUAAUGUUGCCAAGAUGGUCAAAAGUCUGAAGAGCCCAAAUCCCAAGAGCAUCAGCCUGCAGCCUCGACGUUAUAGUCAUACUGGUGUGGUGCAGUCAUUAAAAGCAGCAACAGAUACCAAUGACAAGCAGACGUCCCCUGCGGUCCGGAAGUCUUCAUCUUGUUCCGGUUUAACUGGCGUUGAAGGAAGCCGGGAACGGCGUCUGUCUGACAUCGCACAGCUGGAUACGUAUAUCAAGUACAUGCGAAAAAACGCUGACGACGACAGUCUGCCUUGCCUUCCCAACCGGCUGUGUUGCGCACAAGUCCUGCGUCAAGUGCUGAUGCAACAGGAGCGCCAAUACGUCAGUGACCUGCUGCACGGGAAGCUGGCAGGCAGACGAACCUCGCUUCCCGCCACCACUACGUCAGAACGGUCUUCCGCCGCCGCCGUGGCCACCACCACCACCACCCGCAGACAAUCCCUACAAGUGAAUACUACGACGACGUCAAACUGGUCAUCAACUAUCGACCGUAAGCGAUCGCAAGUGGACGCCUUUACGCCAAACUUUCAGAGGAAACUGCUGCUAGGGCGUCACUCGCAGUCGCUCUGUCACGUGCCCCAACAACACAAAGCGCGGUAUCUGCAACGCCCUAAGGAAACGAACCGCGACUACCGCGCUCGGGUCUUUAGUAGCAACACUUCACUUCUAGGAAGUAAUCUCCCGGAUGUGAUCGCGGAGGACUGUAGUAAUGACGCUCGCGAGGAUUCAUAUUCAAAAGUUCGGCCUGCCGCCUUGCCCAUGGCUCGGGAAUCAGGACAGCUCUCCUGUGGGGAGGAAUCUCACGAGGAAGAAGAAGCUCAUAACCACACUUUCCAAGAUGACGAUUACUACGGUGACUCUGACCGCGCGGAAAAUUGGAUGAAUAACUGCCGACAAGAGUCAUCCUCGGGGAGACAACACUCCAAUGCCCUGUACCUCCAGAAUCUAGAAAUUUACUAAAUGUACAAUGGCUUGUCAAAAUGAGACUUCAGUCGUUGAGAAUAAAGUUCACAAAGGAGAGAUAAAUCCCAAACUCACAAUUGACUUUCAAUAACUAGGCUAAGGAAAACUUGACGGACGAGAUAAAGACCUCUCUAAAAAUAUUUUGAUACAUAUGUAUAUUUCUCGGGUUGCAAAUGGAAUUUUGUUAAUAAGCACAAUAAUGAAAAAAAAAUUAAAUCAUAGCGGAGAAAUGUAACGUUUGAGGUAAAUUCAAAGUGAACAUGCGACCAACUUUUCAACUAUUAAAGUUUCAUUUUGUCAAGUUGUACGACAUGUGAAAGUGGAAGCGUAGAAUAAGCUUUCCGGGCGUAUAUCCAGUGUCUUUCAUCAACUACCCUGAACAGGUUAACCAAAAUUGAUAUGAAUGAAUGUAGCAUAAUUUCUUUCUUUGAUUUUAUGAGUUCUAAGUUUUAGUGUUUUGAUAUUACUUUGUUUUUCAUUUUCAGCGUAAAACUAAUAAUACAAUCAUCGUGAAUUCCUUUGAAAAGCGACAUGCAUUCAAGAGAUCAAAUGUGGCGCUUAUUGUGUAGUUUGAACUGAAGCUUUUACAGCCUCGUCUUGAUUUUAUAAUUCCCACGGCAGCAAAACAUUUUUGCACAAAUCUUUUAGUUUUUAGCUUUACCUUUUCAACUCAUUUACACCACAUAACAUCCUUUUUCUUUUAAAAGUAAAGGCACUCGCCAUAAUCCAUCUCAGCAUCAGUGUACUGAGAGAUGAGAGCAGACGUUUGCAAUAUAUUAUAUAUGGACAGAAGUUUCAUCCUUUCUUGAAACGCCACAUUGCUCUUACAGAAACAUUUUAAUUUUUUUCUACUGCGAUUUAUGCAAUGACUGUUUACUUUUAGACCACUUUUGAAUGUCUAUUUAUACUAAUGAUUAGUAAGUUCCCAAAAAUAACCACCAAAAUUUAAAAAAAAAAAAAUUACAAAAGCAAAAACAAACACCAAAAAAAUUUGAAAAAAAUGUCUGUCAUAUAUAUAUAUUAUAAUGUGUGUGUACAGCUGCGUACAUUUUUGAGAGAACAAGUGUUUCGUGAAUGUUUCGAUGUGUUUUCGUGUCGCAAUAAAGUGUUCAAACUAAAUAUA